AAAUAGUCAUGGCUUCCCUCCAAGAAUCCUGGGAACUGAUUUGCUAAGAGGGCUGAGAACCCCUUUUCUGCUCCCAGAGCAGUUUAUCAAUCCCUCUUCACAGGGAACUCUGGGAAUUGUAGCUCUGUGAAGAGACUAGUGGGUCUUCUAACAACUCUCAGCACCCUUUGGUGGGAGCAGUGGUUGAGGCGAGAGAGCAGGCAGAGCUGCAGGCAACAUGACCACCAGUCAGAAGCAUCAGGACUUCAUGGCUGAGCCCAUGGGGGACAAGUCUCUUGGUACUUUAGCUGGCAUUGGAGAUGUACUUGGCAGGAAGCUGGAAGACAAAGGCUUUGACAAGGCAUACGUGGUUCUGGGACAGUUCUUAGUGCUGAAGGACCUCUUCCGCGAGUGGCUGAAGGACACAUGCGGUGCCAACGCCAAGCAAUCCAGACUGUUAUGGCUGCCUGAAGGAAUGGUGUGAUGCUUUCUUGUGAUUGUUGGCCAAAGCCUGGUGGGUGCUGUGAGGGCUUUUGUAGUUGAAUAGAGAUUGUUGCUCCCCAUCUCUCUCAGCACCUACUUCUUAUAAACCUUCCAACAUCUACACAAGCUGCUGAGGGCUAUUGCUCCCAACACUGGGGUGGGGUGGGGUGAAGCCAUGGCUGCCUUUUAAUGUAACUGAAUCUUUUUUCCUCCAGGGAGAGGAUUGAGAAACAUCAAAUGUUCUAAACAUCAAGUAGGUAGUUGUUUUUUACGUGGCUUUAAUAGCACCCCCCCUCACUGUUAGGCCACCCAACUCCAGAACCAGACCUGCCUGCUAACAAUAAUGGAAGUUCCCCUACUAUCUUUGUUUGAGCUCCAAUUAGACUGAGAUUUACCCGUCAAUUCUGAAG